AUGGCGGCUCCGGCUGCGGGCGGGGCGCUGGGCGCGGCGCUCUGGGCCGCGGCGCUGGCCCUGGCGGGGGCCUUGGACGCCAUGGGGCCGCACACAGCCGUCCGCCUGGCCGAGCUGCUGACCCCGGAGGAGUGCGGCCAUUUCCAGUCGCUCCUGAAGGCGCCGGACCCGGACGUGGAGGAGGAGCUGGCCAGGCUCUCGGAGGAUCGGUUGGCCCGGGCCGAACCGUCGGGGCCCGCGUCGGGGGCGCCGGGCCGGCGGCGGCCGCGGCGGGAGGCCACCGACUCCGAGGUCUCCGACGGCUGCCGGGAGCGGCUGGCGGCCUGGCUGGCCGCCGAGGCCCCGGCCCUGCCCUGGGACCGCGUGGCCCGGGCCCUGCGGCGCUGCGGCCGCCCCGACGUGGCCCGGGAGCUGGGCAAGAACCUCCACCAGCGGGCGACGCUGCAGCUGCGCCAGGCCGGGCAGCGCUACCUGCCGCCCGGCGCGCCCCCCGCCCCGGCCCCGGCCCCGGCCCCCGCCCCCGCCCCGGCCCCGGCCCCCGCCCGGGCCCCGGCCCCGGCCCCCGCCCCGGCCCCGGCCCCGGCCCCGGCCCCGGCCCCGGCCCCCGCCCCCGCCCCGGCCCCGGCCCCGCGCUCCCGCCGCGCCCCGGCCGCCCAGCCCAACUGGGACGCGCUGGAGCUGAUCGUGGAGCGGCUGCCGCAGGCCCCGUACGAGCGCAGCCCCGCAGGCUGGGCCGGGCCGCUGGCGCUCGGCUUCUGCGCCGGCUUCGUGGGGUCGCUGGGCGCCGGGGCGCUGCUCGUCCUGCUCACGCUGUGGGUCACGGGCGGCGACGGCGACGGCGAUGGGGAUGCGGUGCGGCCCAGGCCCGGGGAGGCGCACGGCCGGCGGGAGGCAAAGCCGCUCCUGACUGAAGAGCAGCUGGUGCAGCCGGAGGCCUGGGCCUGGGCUGCCCACGGGCUGGGUCCUCCCUCUCCCCGGUGCCCCCACAUGUGA